CCGUCCCCGUUGCCGGCGGACGCGCGGAGCGGGAGCGCAGAGCGCGGCCAUGGUGCGCGGCGCGGGGACGUUCCGCGCCUUUGUCCGCGCCCUGAGCGGCCGGUGGGCGGCGGCCGGUGGCCACGGCGAGCCGUCCUGCUGCACGCUCCCCACCAGCGCUCUCCUGAACCGUAAUGGCAAAGUUCGGCUGAAUCCCAGCAGCGCUCCGACUGACCUAAACGGCAGCAUGGUCACCGUGAGGAGGCUGCUCAGCACCUCGCAGUCGUCAGUGGAUCCAAAGGAAUUGAGGAAAUUCCAGGUCCUGGCACACAGGUGGUGGGACGAGCAAGGAGAGUACUCAGCCCUGCAUUCCAUGAAUGACAUCAGAGUGCCGUUUAUUAGAGACACUGUGCUGAACAUGGGCAGCACCUACCAGCAGGGAAGCCCACUUUCUGGGAUCAAGAUUCUGGAUGUUGGCUGUGGUGGUGGACUGCUGAGUGAGCCUCUAGGUAGACUGGGAGCUUCAGUUACUGGAAUUGAUCCUCUGGAAGAAAACAUCAGAGCGGCGGAUCAGCACAAGUCAUUUGAUCCAGUUCUGGCCAAGAGAAUACAGUACAAGUCUAGCUCACUGGAGGAGAUUGUGGAGGAGUCUGUGGAAAUGUUUGAUGUAAUUGUAGCUUCUGAAGUCGUGGAGCAUGUGGCUGACCUUGAAAUGUUUAUCAAGUGUUGCUGUCAGGUGUUAAAGCCUGGAGGUUCUUUGUUCAUUACUACAAUCAAUAAAACUCAGUUGUCCUAUAUCCUGGGAAUUGUGGUUGCAGAAAAAAUAGCAGGCAUUGUACCAGAAGGAACACAUGACUGGGAGAAGUUUGUUCCCCCAGAGGAGCUGGAGCGCCUCUUGGAAGCCAAUGGCUUCUCUGUCAAGGCUGUGAAUGGGAUGCUGUACAACCCCCUCACGGGGUCCUGGAGCUGGAUUGAAAGCACAAGCAUUAACUAUGCCCUGCACGCUGUGAAAUCCGGGGGUCAGGCACAGACAAGCCAAACAGAGCCUCUCUCAGAGAUGGAAAGUGAACAGUGCUCGGCCACAGCUGGCACCAGUGUGUGACCAGCUGAGAUACAUGCUGAUGGACUGCCACCAGGAACAGAAAAGCUUUUGGACAGGCACAAUAAAGCCUUUUGUAACAACAAGCUUGCUGUUUGCAUUAAUAAUGUUGAUGCCAUUUUUGGCCAAAUGUUUUGGGCAGUCUCAGAAAAAACAAGUGCCUGUUAUCUCAGGAAUCCUUUAAGAUUGAAAUGAGCAAAGCUCUGGAAGAAGUCUUUUUAUAAAAAAAAGAAGUUUCAAAUUGUUCCCUCAGUAGCUUUGAGAAGGUUCUUUCUUUGGAUGAUGAUGUUUGUGUCAUGAGGAAAACUCAUCUCUCCGUAGAAUGAUAGCUUAAAUGCAAGAUGAGUUGGAAAGCACAAUGUAUGGGAAAUGCUUUAGAUAUUUCAGUUACUCAUGUAUGAAGUACUUCAUGUUAAAAUUCAUUUACAUUUAAAAGCCACAAAACCACAUUCACCACACUGUGCCUUCUUCCUGAAUGGGGAAGGAGGAUGCUGAAAGAAGAGUAGCAACCCUUUGCUGUUGGGUUGUGCUGUUUCUACAGCUGAUCACUGCGGUGGAAAGAGAGUCUGACAGCCCAGAGUGCCUCUGCUGUCAGAAGUCUCAUCGCCAUGAGGUGGCUUUAUCUGUGCCUAUUUUAACCUUCUCCCUGUUCCCAAAUAAAGGACAGUAAAGCUGCAGGUAGAACUUUACUAAGCAACUGGAGCUUUUUGCGAGCUACACAUUGCAUUAGUGGGCUGUCCUAGAAUUGAAAUGCCAUACCUAGUCGUUUGUGAAGUUCUUGUGCCAGCAUAAGGAAAAGUGUUUAUUGAAACAGGACUUUCUAAAUAAAACUUUUCUUUAUGGUUA